UUUCCUGCCUCUCUUCCACAGGGCGCGUGGGCUAUUGAGGAAGGAGGAAACAAGGGACUAUGGUUGUAAGGGAGUUUCCUGCAAGACCUUAUAAAUUGCUCUCCCCGCAGUUGAGCCGGUGUCACAGUGCUGGUCUGAAGGUGAACGCCUGCUCCCCGUCCCGCUGACUGCUGACUGAACACAGACUCGGGGGGCUUCUGAAGGCUCAGAGGCGCACGGCGUUUCUCGUCCCUGCUGGUCGGGGUACGAGUAGGGAGCUGGUCUCACCUAACAGAUGUGUCUGGGACACUCCAGUUUAUUUAUUCUAUCAGACACAUCCAGGUCCAGGCGAGCCCGAUGGAAGUGUCGGGCGUUUGCAGGGCGGACAGAGGGCAGACCAUGCGGGCCGAGGGAUACGUCAAAGAGUUCACGCGCCACUCCAACGACGUGCUGCUGAACCUGAACGAGCUCCGGCACAGAGGCAUCCUGACCGACACCACCCUGGUGGUCGGCAGCGUCCAGCUGCAGGCGCACUGCGCAGUGCUCGUGGCCUGCAGUGGGUUCUUCUACUCCCUGUACUCCCGCCGGGGGCUGCUUCAGGGGCGUGGCGGCGGCAGCAGGGAGCAGCUCAUGACCGUGUCGCUCCCCAGCACCCUGGACCCGUCCUGUGUCUCCCUGCUGCUGGACUUCAUGUACACCUCCCGCCUCCCUCUGACCCCGAGCAUCGUCUCUGGAGUGCUGGCGGCGGCGGCCUAUCUGCAGAUGGACCAUGUGGCCGACACGUGCAGGGACUUCAUGCAGCUGCACUGCACAGAGAACGUGAGCGCCAGACGCCCCCAGACGGAGCCGGACUCCGGCGUCUCUGUUUCCCCUAAAGGAGCGGGACUGCCCCAUCCAGGACCCAAGCUGUCCCUCCCGGCAGCAGCAGAAACAAGGUUCCCCGUCAUCGCAGAACGCUUUCUCAAGCCAGGGGCUUUCCCGCUCUGCCAGCUCGGGUCAGACGAGGUGAAAGAACAUCCUGACUCGCCCCUCCUGAACGCCCGGACCUUAUCUCCAAACAGCCCAGACCGCUCCAGCUGCCAUCCGAACUCCCCUGCCGAGUCCAGCACAUGCAGCAAAAACCCUGAGAUUGAAACCAAAGCCACACCAGACCCUAAGGCCUGCAACUGGAAAAAGUACAAGUACAUUGUCCUGAACCCUCUCUGUUCUGCUGCUGCUGCGGUGAAGGUGGAGGAGCCAGAGGAGGUUCGGUGUCAAGAUUUGGUUCUCAAAGCUCCAAUAGAGGCGUGGUCUGGAGAAGUGCCUGGUCAGAUUGAUAGACAGGGGCAGGUCUCCUGCUACGAGGGUUCUGGCCGAGCCCCUCCCCUCGGGCCACCUCCCUCUCUGGAUCUUCCCAAAGUGUCUGCUUCUCACAAGAAGGAACCAGUCUCACCUGGCUCCGUUUUUCCUAAACUUCUUCCAUCUAAUCCAGAAGCUGCCCGACUCAGCCAACCUCCAAUCAAACGCGAGAACCGCUACCCGCCCUUUGCUUACUCUGGCUCUCUUCAGGGAACCAAAUCUGUGUGCUCAGGAGACAAGCCGUACCGCUGUAACGUGUGCGGAGCUCAGUUUAACCGCCCAGCCAACUUAAAGACUCACACCCGCAUCCAUUCAGGAGAGAAGCCUUACCGCUGUGACACCUGUGGUGCUCGAUUUGUGCAGGUUGCCCACCUCAGGGCCCACGUCUUGAUCCACACAGGUGAGAAGCCCUACCCCUGCCACACCUGCGGCACCCGCUUCCGCCACCUGCAGACGCUGAAGAGCCACCUGCGCAUCCACACUGGAGAGAAACCCUACUCGUGUGAGAAGUGUGACCUUCACUUCCGGCACAAGAGCCAGCUGCGUCUGCACCUACGACAGAAACACGGAGCCAUUACCAACACCAAGAUCCGCUACAAGGUGCUGACAGAGCCCUUCCAGCCUCUUCUGCAGGCCUGCUAAAGGAGCUCUAACCUGCUGAAUCGCAUCAGUUAUACCUAAAACAGAAAAAAAAAUAAAAAUAAAUCACUUGAUUUUUAAUUGACAAGUUGCACAGCACUGAAUGUUAGAGUUGGGCGUUGAAAUGACGUCAGUAAUUUCCCAACAUUUUAGGCAUCUGUGUUGGACGAGGUCUGGACCGUAUAUGACACCAAUAUUUGAUCAUAAAUGUUGGGUGAAUGUUAAUAAAUGGAGAUGUAAUGAAACGUGUUGAUGAAGGUUUGUGAAGAGAUGUAAAGAGAGGAAGAGCGCAGGGAAAAAAGAGGAUGUUGACCAUAAUUUGUAGAAAGAUAUAGGAUGUGAAGAGAAGAAAGAAAGGAAGCGAAUGGUUUUUAGAGAGGUGGUGAGUGAAGGUUUUAAAAGUGGUGAAGCACUUCAGGAUGUUUUUUUUUUUCGUAAAUGCGUAUUUAACCUGACGGCCUGGGGCCUCCUAUAUUGUUUUUAAGUAUCUAUAAGAAGUAAUUUAUGCUCUUGGAGUUCAAACGGACAAAAGGGACUAGUUCUCCUGUGCUGAAUAGAGAUUGUAGAAUGAAAUUAAAUGACAUAUUAUUAAUGACGGCAUUUGACAAAAUGUUUUUCAAGCAACUUGAAAUUGUAUUUGUAUGAAUUCAUUUGCAGGACAAAUUUAAAUUAAAACAUUUUUUAUGUCACUUUGAA